CAUCAAAGGACGGAAAAAAACCCCUUCAUCGAAUGGACAUCCAUUGGGAGGGGACAACUGUAAAUAAGUGUGGGCGCGGUAAUCGUUUGGGCAAAGAAGCUUGUGCUGGUGUCAGAAGAAGUUUAUUGGAAAGUGUCACUCAAAUCCGAUCGAAAUAGCUGCAACCUGUCGUAAAGAUCGGGUUGAAAAGAAAUGUGAUCAAUUUCAUCUGCGUUAAGAAAUAAGAGAAAAAAUGUUUUAUGAGCCACCGUCAUCGUUGCGUAACAACCAUAAACAUCAUCAUCACCAGCGGUCGUGGUGUUGAAGAGAGAAAGAAAAAAAAUCGAACCAGGAGCUUUCACUGGCAGUGGCGCGUGUUGUUUGAUUGGGCCGAACGGGGUGCGGCCGGAAUCGGAAUCGCGAUCGCGCGUACCGCCGAAACCACACGGGUGUAUGUAAUUAGUGAGAUAUUGGAAGGAAUCGCACAGAUGAUUUGCUAGUGAUAUUUUGUUAUUGUUUCUUAAAUUGCUUCUUUCUGAGUGAGCCGGAAGAAGAAACACCCACCACUGGGUAGUAUUUCAACCUGCUGCUGGUGCUGCGAGUGGCACAUUAAGUUUCAAUUCAGCAUCGGGAAAGUGAAAAGUGCGGGAGAAAAUGGGAAAAUCAAACCACCGAUUGAUACGGCUGAUUGAGCUGAUUGUAUUACAGUGCUUGGUGAUUGCAGUUUGUGCGGCGCAGAGCAGUGGAGAAGAUGUCUCGACGACAACCGCCGUAUCCAGCACAAUGCCAAACAAUGCCAUAGAAGCAGAAAGUUCCUCCUCGACCACGAUACCGUUAGGUGUUCUACCAUUAAGCAAAGACAACGUGAGCCAAAAUGAAUCGUUAGCCAAAGAAAACGCGGAAAGCACAAUAAAUCCCGAUAGCAGCAGUACUGUUGCAUCCGACUAUGCCCCAGAGCCAUCACUGAUGGAAACAACAACUUCCCACUUGAUCUCGUCUGAUCCCGUCACCAAUGAGGUAAGCACCGAAUCCGAUGUUGCUACCAAGCACGCUGGCACUGAAUCCGGUGUGACCUCGAUCGAAGAAUCAUCAACAUCAACCCAGCAGAAACCGGUUCUGCUGCAUGUGAAGACACCCGAAGAGGUCAACAACGAUCGAAAUCCGGCCAAUCCGCCUUCCAUAUUGGAUCACUUUGUUCCGGUCGGUGAAAGCUCGUCGGAAGAGUUGCUUAAAAUGAGUGACAUGAGAUCAUCAUCGGACGAGGUGACUCCUCGCGGUCGUGCCAUUAACUUUGGCUCUGCCGAUGGGCCAAUCAAUUUCGUUACAGCCCCCGACCUGGCAACCACCGGGAUGACCACCAAAGGCCCAACGACUGAAACACCGGCAACGACGAUGGGUCAUGAGAAAAAGCAACACCACAUCGAACUGCCGGAACUUUCCGAUAUCAGCAUGGAAGAUGACGAGGAAGAGGAGGCUGGGCAAAAGGGCAAUGAGCAGAUGGACCACAACAAGACCAUGAAACACAUGAUGGUCGUCGAUGAGUGCAUCUACAAUGGCGUCGAGUACAAGACGAACCAAACCGUUGACCGGGGAUGCGACGAGCGAUGCACCUGCGAGGAAGACGGUAAAUGGCGCUGCGAGCCCCGUUGUGCAAGGCCAUUCAUCAAACGUGGCAAAACGCUGCCGGAGGCCGGAUGCUACGAGAGCCCCUCGAAAACGGACGAUUGCUGCGCUACGUUGGUGUGCCCCUCGGAGCGUCUGACUGACGGGCAGUCCGACCACUCGGACGAAUCAACGGACAAGAUACCGACGACAUCUACAGCGAUCGUAACCAGUUGCAUCUAUCGAAACCAGUCGUACGAUGUGAAUGCGAAAGUUGAAAUGGGAUGCGACAAGAUCUGCACUUGUAACAGUGAAGGCGAACUGGAUUGCGUACCGCGGUGUCCUCAGAUGAACGAAACCCGAUCGGAACACUGCGUAACGGUCCCGGAUCCUAACGAUGCCUGCUGCAACCGUGAGUUUUGCGACGUGAUUCUGGACGACCAUGAACAAAGCGGAGGAAUGAUGAUGAUGGCCCCUUCGACGGCUGCACCUGCUUCAUCGACUACUGCUGGCCACGGAGUAGUAAAAACCGAUUUAAGCGGAGAAAUCGAUCAAUGUGAAUACAAGGGAAAGAUGUACACUAAGAAUCAACAAUUUCAUGACGAAUGUAACUCACUGUGCUUAUGCACGGAUGCAGGAGUGCACUGUGCCAAGAUUGAAUGUCCUUCCCACUUUGGUCUCGAUGUGUUAGAUCCACACUGUCUGCGAUGGGAACCGGAACCAGCAACGUUCCGUGCGAUACAGCCCCGUUGCUGUCCAGAACGGAUGAGAUGCGUCGAAAACGGGACGUGUGUGUUCAAAGGUCAAAGCUUCGAUAACUGGUCCGAGAUUCCCAGCAACCUGACUGGUUGUGAUCAACAUUGUUACUGUGAAUCGGGUAAAGUAGAAUGUAGACCUGCUUGUCCACCGGUACCGGCUACUCCUCCGACAAAUCUACCGUGCAAUCCUAGAAUGGCUAGGCUAGCUCCUCUACCCGACGAUGAUUGCUGCAAGCAUUGGACGUGUUCCAAUGGAGAGCCAUCAAUUACCGGCAACGAUGUGCUUAAGCCCUUGCUUAUGCCCGACACUAUCAAUCAGUUUCUCCCGACCAAGUCGCCCAAAAGUGAGAAAGGAGAGAAGGCGAAACCAGAGAAAGAACCGGAAGCGCCUAAGGAACCUCAACACGUCCCAUUCUAUCCCACGGUCGAUGGAAGGCCGCCAAAGGUCCCCCAGGAGAAACCCCAUAAGAAACAUCCUAAGGAGGAUUCUAAGAAGGAUCAUUACAACAAUAUAUACCCUGGCGGUGAGACUUCGGGACCGGGCGAUUACGGCCUCUAUGGCGAAACCCAAAAACCAGCAACCCUCGGCGUCCAACGACCGGGGCCACCUGGAUAUUACGGUCCAGAAAUCAAACCCGGCUACAACGACUACAAUCCGUACAUCCACGUAAACGGUCCACCUGGUUCGGUUCCCCUUCCACCCGGUGGCCAACUGCCUCAUCAUCCCCUGGACAAGCAGCUCAUCAACGCACUCGGCGGCAAUCCGCAAAACAUUCCCCCCAACAUUCGCAUCGAACAGUUGCUUCAGCAGAUUCAUGCCACCGACCCCAAUACCGGUCCCAUCCUGCACGGUCAGAACAUUCCCUUCCAGCAUCCACCGGCGGCUUCAGCCAACGGUAUUAACUACAAUCAGUACGGUGAGCCGCUAGACAUUGGACUUGUACCGCACCAAAGACCGCACCAGGCACCACCAUCACCACCAACAGGACCAGGCCUCAGUUUCCCGUCACUCCAAGCGGACCUGAAGGUGCUUGCACUGGACGCCAUCGAUCCCAACACGGUUCGGGUGAUCUUCAUCGUUCCCCAGGUAUACGUGGGUCUACACGGCCGCGUAGAACUUCGGUACACCCGCACUCGCAACAACGACACUUCAACGUGGCAAGCGCAAGUAUUCGCCCCACCCGAUGAUCUGAUCGCCACUUCCCAGCUGGAAUUUGAACUGCCCGGUCUGGAACCGAACACCGAAUAUCGAGUUAAGAUCACUCUGGUCCUUCGUGACGUUAACUCGCAACCGUCUAGUCAAAUCUACAACGUCCGAACGCCGUCCGAUCGUGUCAUAACCCCACCACCGUUGAUCAACACCGAUCUACAUUAUCCGCAUCUGGGACAGCCAACAAACUUCCUCAAGGAGAUCAUCCAAGAUCCGGUCCUACAGACGAACGAUGUGAAUGCUACGUGGGCUAAGAUCACGUGGCGCAAGCUGGACGAUGAAGAGCUGGACUACGUAGAUGGCAUUCAGCUUCGGUACAAAGAGAUCGACGGAAUGGUAUACGAUGCAACUCCGUUGAUCCACCGGGCGCUGAGCGAGUACACGCUGGAGAACUUGAAACCACAAACUCGGUAUGAGGUAGGAAUAUUCUUCAUUCCAUUCCCGGGACAUGGCGAGGAGGUUCGUGCAGGUGAGAUGCUACAGUUUGCCACUGCCCAGCGUGUUGACAUGUACGGUUUUGAGGUGGUGGUUAACGUAAGCAAAGUUAAGGCGAGCAGCGUCGAAGUGAGCUGGUCCGGUGUCCCCUACCCAGAGGACAAGUACAUCAACAUCUAUCGUGCCAUCUAUCAGAGUGAUAGCGGCAAGGAAGAUUCGAGUGUAUUCAAAGUGGCGAAACGGGAUUCGACGACGGGAACUCUCAUCAUGGAUCUUAAACCAGGCACUCGAUACAGGCUAUGGUUAGAAAUGUAUCUCACAAAUGGAAGCAUCAAGAAGAGCAAUGUGGUGAACUUCAUCACCAAACCGGGCGGACCGGCAAUUCCUGGCAAAACAGGUAAAUUAUCGGUAGCUGGCACAGAUUCCUCCCCGGGUGAUUACUACGGACUGCUUGUGGUAGUUGCGGUGAUAGCCGCUCUGGCCGUAAUGUCCACCCUGAUACUGCUGCUCAUCCUCACCAGACGACGAGUGCAAAGUGCCACAAUUACUCCUCCUCGUAAGAAUGAAGUUUCCUACGACAAUCCUAGCUACAAAGUCGAAAUCCAACAGGAAACAAUGAAUUUAUAACAGCGAGAAUUCACAUCCCAAACUGCCCCAACGACGAAAUGGUUUUAAUCUAUUUAUCUAACUGCGACUGCCAUCGAAAGGCAUAUUCUCUGUAUAUUUAUUCUAACCAAUAGAACCCCUGUCCAAUUGUACAUAAGCUAGAAGCCGAAAGCAUUCCAGAUGGGUUAUGCAUGUGAAACAAAACUCCGUCCUCAAAUUCUCACAGUCAGUCCCUGAUUUCCAUUAGAUUAAAAGUCCAAAGCACUGAACACACACCCGAUUACCUAUAACGAACGUUGUGCACGUAUGCAACGCUCUUCGAGAAUUCCCAGUGACCAUUUCUAGUAAAAAAAACGUAGAGUCAAUUCGAACAGUGUUCGAACCGUUACGAUGUAUGAAUGUUGCGCGAGUAGUUAGCAUUAUUGAACGAAAA